AUGUGUGCACAGAAGAAAAAGUCAACACAGGGCCAAGGAAAUGAGUCAGAGAGACACAUUCUCUGCCCGCACUGCUUGUUCAACACAUACCUCACUUGGACCCAACAUUUGCUUGUUGCAUACCACGAUGUGCUCGUCAUGGUGACCACACUCCAGCAUGCUAAGAGUAUGAAGAAUAUAUCCAAUGUGUGCUUGAACAGCAUGCAGCACAGAUCUCGUGAGCUCAAGGGCCUUGUCAAGAAGUAUGACAAACACAAGGGUAAAGCUGUGAAAAAGAAUUUCUUGGACGAGGAUAAGGUUGGAUGUACACUGGAGUCACCCACCUCUAUGUCUCUAAAGCACUCUGAUGACUCUGAACAGUACUGGACCCAGGUGAGAGAAUGGCAGUAG